AUGGCCCGAAUUCUAGAACAGUACUGGGUCCCACGACUCAGACAACUUACACGCAAAGUAAUCAAGAAGUGUUACGAUUGUCGUAGAUUCCAAGCGAAAGCAGUGCUACAACCACCACCUGGUAUGCUGCCACCAGAUAGAACUGAAGGGAGUCGUCCCUUUGAAACAAUAGGCGUGGACUUUGCUGGUCCUAUUAAGUACAUUAAGAAAAGGAAGGAAGAAGGAAAGGCAUACAUACUACUCUAUGCCUGUAGCCUCGCGCGAGCGGUAUAUCUUGAGUUGAUGCCCUGCUUAGACACCCAAAAGUUCAUCGAGAGUUUUAAGAAAUUCAUCGCAAGGAAAGGGAGACCAAGCAAAGUCUACUCGUACAAUGCGAAAACGUUUGUUUCAGCAGCAAACUGGUUACGAACGGCUCAAAACGAUGAAAAGUUAAACGAAUUCCUCAGCAAGAAUCGAAUUAGCUGGCAGUUCAACCUGAGUCGCGCCCCAUGGUGGGGUGGCCAGUUCGAGCGCUUAAUCGGAUUGGUAAAAAGAGCUCUACAUUGGUUCUACAUUCGCGCCAGAGCUGGAAGCAUGUCACAUACAAGAAAAGGAUCUACGAAAGCGUGCAAGGUAUUUGUUAAAGUGCAAGCAAGCAAUGUGGCGGAGAUGGUCAACGGAAUAUCUGCGCGGCCUACGAGAGCGGCAUAACCAAAAUCACAAGAAGACGUCGUUCACGGUGAAAAAGGGUGACGUGGUUAUUAUACAAUCGGAUGAACGAAGUCGUGGAAAGUGGCCUCUCGGUGUUUUCGACGAACUUUACAAAGGACGUGAUGGUGUUGUUCGUGCGGUGAAACGUCGUGCAGGGAAAACCUACCUUGAACGAGCAGUGAACCACCUGUAUCCACUCGAGUUAUCCUGUGACCGUACAGAAACAAAGGAACCUAUCAACUUAAACCCGGAAGCGGCGCCGUUCCGACCCAGACGAGAUGCUGCAGUGACAGCUCAACAACGCAUCAAAGAAGUAGCAGAGAAGAAUCCUGGUUAUCGUCUGAUAUUCCGGAUUCUAUUAAUAACAUAG